GCGGGAUAUAAGGGCAGCCGGGGCGGUUCCCGGACGAUUGGGGCAGUGCUGUGUUGCGCUGCGGGUCGGCGGGAUGGGGAACACGGGCUUCUUCCACCUGCUGCGGAAAAAGAAAGAACUCAUCCCCCUGGUCGGGUUUGUGGCCUUCGCCGCGGUUGGGGCUGUCUCUGCUUGUGUCUAUGCCCUGGUCAGCAAGACGGACGUCAUUAUUAACAAGUCUGGUAAUCCAGAACCUUGGGAAAGAGUGGAUCCUACCAAGCCUAGGAAGCUCUUGACGUUGCACCAGCAAUGGAAACCCAUAGAAGAGCUGGAAGAGGUCAAAAAGCUAAUGAAGUAAAGAGUUGCCAUUGCCUCAAAGGUACUCUAUGAAUCUAGUGGAAUCAUUUCUGCACAAACUCGACUAUUGAAAUCAGUGUGCGGAAAUGCUUCUGCUACAUUUUUAGGGUCUCCCUACAUUUUUGGACUCUGGAUGAGGAUUUUCAUUUUGCCUUAGAAGUUUUUCUUCAAUAUCCACCCAGUCCAAAAAUAAAGAUGUUUCAAAUAUUCAUUCUCAACAUUUAACUUGAUGUACAAGUUCAGUAUUCAAAGUAUUAACAGAAUGAAGCAUGCUUCAUUCAUGCAUGAGUUUUUUAUAGAUUGUUGAUUUUUAUGUUCCUUUAAAAUAUAUUUUAAUUUUGUAAUUUUAUCAUUUUCUUUUCCUAAUAAAAUAAGCAUUUAUAUUUA